UAGCCUACAAAGAAAAAAUGAAGGAGCUGUCCAUGUUGUCCUUGAUCUGCUCUUGUUUCAACCCUGAGCCUCGAAACCUUAAUGGAUACACAUAUGAUGUCAUCAUUCCAACCACAUUUCAUUGUUAUAUUGUAGAUAUGGAGGUGAAACAGAUUAACAAGCGUACAUCUGGCCAGGCAUUUGAACUGAUACUGAAACCCCCAUCCCCUGUCUCUGAGGCUCCCCGGACUUUGGCCUCUCCAAAGAAGAAAGAUGUUUCUCUAGAAGAUAUACAAGCAAAACUAGAAGCUGCAGAGGAAAGAAGAAAGUCUCAGGAAGCCCAGAUCCUGAAGCAGCUGGCAGAGAAACGAGAGCAUGAAAGGGAAGUUCUCCAAAAGGCUUUGGAAGAAAACAAUAAUUUUAGUAAAAUGGCUGAGGAAAAACUGAUACUGAAAAUGGAACAAAUUAAAGAAAACCGUGAGGCCUACCUAGCUUCCCUCUUGGAACGUCUUCAAGAAAAGGAAAGGCAUGCUGAGGUGGUCCGCAGGAACAAGGAGAUCCAGGAAGAACUAUCUGGCUGA